AGGGCGGUCACGUGUCAUAACGUAUCGAUUGAGUGUUGGAGAACUUGAGUGCUUGCAACUUUUCCUCUCCCAUGCAUAUACCCAAUUUGGCAGCCAAUUGAGGACCCUAGCAGUAAAACUAGUUAUUCGUACUCAAUGUCUUCAGAUGAAUUCACUAAUACAAUCACGCGCCUUUCAUGUCUCUUUACGCGUACUACGAAGCGCGCCUCGUCCUGCGACGCAACACAAGAGUAGCCCGGUCAGAAUACCUGCCAAAACACCAGUCAAAAUACCAGGAAAGCCAUUUCAGGCAAUUCAAAAGGCUCAACAUAUUAAGAAACCUGUGAACUACGCUUUUCCUCAAAUCCUCCGCAUAUACGCAGCUCCUCAUCGUCGACUCUACUCUGUGGUCAUACAAAAGACAACAUACAUAUUUUUCUUGUUAGGCGCCUGUCUUGUCGUACUCCCAUAUGUAUGGGCGGUCCAAAGCGCGAAAGGCGAACGCAGUUACUUACAAUUAGCCACAAUCUACUGCAUUGGCCUAGGUCCCUUAGUCAUCUAUUCAUAUGUAUCCGCGCCAUUCGUCGUGAGCAUAUCUAUGUUGCUUCCUCCAGCGGCUAGAAUGUCGAAAGAGGCCCUUUUCAAACACUUACAAAACUUGCCCCGGGAUAAUCGCGCUAUUGUUCAGUGUUUAAGAAUAUUCCCAUGGCAAAAGACUAAUGUCGUAAAUCUCAAGGAUCUACGUUUCAUAAAACCCAAGAGCUGGAUAGAUAUGACGAACAUGGAAUUACACGGGGCUAAAGAGACAAGAAAGUUUUGGGAGAUGACGUGGGAACGUGGAAAGUCGCGGUUCUACGUUGACCCGAAGUUCAAUGAGCUUGAAGCCGGGCUGACUGAGAUGGUACCCGCACCUGGGGCAUGGGCGGCUGUCAGGAGCUACAUUCAAAGGAGCUCUCGUAAUUCAGCUGGAAGAUCUACAGAUCCGCAUGGCAAUCAAAAGGACAGGCUUCUGAAUAGCGUAUGAUUAUGGUCUGUUCAUGCUCCCCGAUCAUGAUACACGUAAUAACACCUACUGCGAAGCGAUUUCCUGCUGCACGUUUGAACCUACUUUCUCGUCGUCAGACUUCUCAAUCUCAGUCUCCUUGUCACCAGAGACGGAUCUGUCGCCGUUGAUUCUACCAAGGAGAUUGUUCAACCCAACCUCCUGUUCGAUCUCCUUCAUUCUUUCCUUGUCUGCUGCGGCGAUACCUUCGCUUCCAAAAAGGAUGUCCAUCUCUUCUAAAGUGAGGCCUUUUGUCU